AUGAACGCGAUUCUCGACGGCGGCUGCCUCGCCGAAGUCCUUGGCCACCUCACCGAUUGGGGCCUCUGCUGCGCCCGCAGAGUGUGCACGGCAUGGCGUGACGCCGCUUCGACGGCCGGCGUCUGGCGUGCCGUCUUUGAGGGCAUGCACGGAGCGCACUCCGUUCACUGGGCUGCCGCGCACGAGCCGGUUGCACUCGCGCCGGGCGACGACGAAUGGCGCGCACGCUGCGCGCUCCGUCGCCGGGCAGCCACCAAUAGAAGGCGUGGGCUCGCGCGCGCCCGCCUUCUUCCCUUUGAGAUGGGUCCCACGGCUGCCUCAUCACCUUUCUUCGUCGUAUCGCUCGCCGUCGAUGGGCCGUGGCUGGCGCUCGGUGGGCAUGGCCACGUCUCGCUUCACGACCUGCGCACCGGCAAGCGCUGCUGGCAGCAGCCCCACGCUGCGAGCGCCGCCGGCAGCGACGACAGCGCGCACCUCGUCAGCAUGGUGACG